AUGUCUGCCGAACUGUACACAGUUGAAGCGAUUUUGGAGCAUCGUAAAAGAAAGGGAAAGAACGAAUUCUACAUCAAAUGGUCUGGAUACGAUCAUUCCCACAACAGUUGGGAGCCAGAGAAGAACAUCGUCGAUCCAACUCUCAUUGAGUUGUUCUUCGAAAAAGAGGAAACAAGAAAGAAGCAACUCAAAGAAAAGAAGGAUAAGUUGGCUGCUGCAAAAAAGGCUGCCGCUCAAAAAGCUGCUCCUCCAUCAAAAAGAGCAACAACAUCAUCAUCAUCAAACCGACCAUCGUCUUCUUCUACUUCCCGAAGUUCCAGAAGACAGAAAAGUCCACCACCAAAACGACAACGAUUGGCUGGUGGAGAAAUUCGUCCGGAUAGUGAUACGGAUGAAGAAGAGCCGAUUCAGCAGAGAGAUGAGGAGGAAGAGCAGGAUGAUGAUGAGGAGGAAGAGGUUCCAGUGAUGAAGAAGAAGAAAAGUGUGAAAGAAGAGGAGGAGGAGGAGGAAGAAGAAGAACAAGAUCAGGAGGAAGAGGUGCAGCUACCAGCUGUGGAAGCUCAAGCUCCAGAAGCAAGACCUGAACCGGAGCAUCACGAAGAAAAAGAAGAAGAGGAUGAGGAAGAGGAAGAAGAUCUCAAGAUGAAUGGAGAAGAGAAAAAAGAGCCAGUAACUACCUCAACAGUUACUCCAUCAGCUACCGCUGAUGUUCAAGAAGGCGAGGAGGAGAAAACUGAAGAGGAAGAACAUUCUGAAAAGCCAACAAUUGAGAAGCAAGAAGAGGAGGACGGAUCCACUUCUGAACAGGAACCAAUUUUCAAGGAAGCUUCUGAAUCAGCUCCAUCCACUUCUGAACCAUCUACUUCUAGUGGUCCAUCGACUUCGGCUGCUGUUCCAGCUCCUGCUCCGAUUGCCCAAGCUGCUCCAGCUGCCGCUGAUGACGAUGACAUCACCAUCAUUGAAUGA